AUGGUCUCUGAAUACUGGUAUGGGCUCGCUACUAUCAUCCGCCAGUCCCCGAACAUUCAGCAUGUCUGCGUCGUCUCUGUUGAAUCUGGGGAUCUGUCGCUUUGGAAUUACCUCAUCCCUCCCGACGAGCCCACACACAAAGACAAGAAGAUUGCUGGUCAUGGCUUUCCCAGACUACACACCCUCGUCUUGCAAAUUCACAUGAAGGAGGACUACGGGUCGGCACCGAGCGGAGCUUCAUUCUCUCGGAUGUGCUGCUCUCUCGGCUCUGUCCCCGGCCUAGCACGGCUCCACGCCUCCGGCGUUGUCAGCUCACCGCCUCCAGUCCUCAUCCAUGGGGACUUCAAAAGUUUGAGGCACAUCGAGAUAACGGAAUGCACGACUGUCCUUGACCAGGUCGAUCAACUCCUUGAAGCAUGCAACGACUUGGAACACUUCGCCUGCCAGUGGGCUUUCCUGGACUGCUCCAUUGACUGCCCGAUGGACGUGCUCCCAGGAUUAUUGAAGCACAAGGAAACUCUCGUAACACUCCACCUGGACCUACGAGAAGUGCGGUUCUUCUCGGAUCUUCAUCACGAGAUCCGGUUCAGCAGCCUACCCCGUCUCACAGCGAUCAGGGAAGCAAAAUUGGACUACACCUGCCUCCUGGAUGAUUAUAUUGUCUAUUCGAACUCUGCAGUCCCAUCAAAAGGACUCCACCGGACUGCGCCAAUACUGCCGGCAUCGCUGGAGCACUUAACCAUGCUGCUCACCUUCCGCUGGCCUCACGACGACAGCGAAUACGUUGACCAUUUACUCGUGCUUUACCAGCUUGUGAAGGAUGUCGCAGACCUUCUCCCAAGGCUACGGGAAGUAGUCGUUCAGUACAAGAAUGGCAAGGAUGAUGAAGUGGCUUCAUCGGCUUCAGCGUGGGCAGAGAGAUUCAAUGGGCUGGGAAUCCGGUUCAGCCUUGUAAAAGAGGCAGAUUCUCUUACAUGA